CUCUUGUCCCAUUUCCAAGCAAUACUUUCUCACUUUUCAAAAGGCUUACCGGCCCGAUCUUCACAACCAGAAAAGCUUCUCCUCCACCAAUCCAUAUAAAUAUACACUCCCACACUGAUCGAUCAUGUUCAUGCAGAUCUUCCAAACUCCUUAAUCAAUUCCCUGAAAUCCAACCUCAUUGAUGAAUACAUCCGAUCGUGUAGACAUCAACAUCCUUUUGCGUGAUGAGUCCAACGGCAACACCGUCCCCUUACUCCUCCAGCCCUCCUAUGCGAGAUCGAAAUCCAUAAUGUCCGACGAGCUCCGCAAAUUCCGCAUAAGCCUCAGAUGGUGCGCCCUCGACCACUCUUCCUGUGUCGGAAAAUUCAUCUCCUACUUCACCUUCAUAUUCUUCGCCCUCCUCGUCCCCCUUAUAGCCUGCUUCUCCGCUCGAGUCCCAGCCUCCGCCGCAAUCGACGACCCUAUCUCUUUCAACAAGCUUGUCCAGCUUCCCGAGUCAGGCCUAGCCGCCAUAGCCUUCUUCACACUCUCCGCCUUCUUCCGAAGGUAUGGCCUCCGCCAACUUCUAUUCCUCGAGGGCUUACAGGAAGAUUCUUCAUACGUACAGCGGGGAUACACGCGCGAGCUUGACAAGGCGUUCCGCUACCUGGCAUGCAUACUUCUACCCUCGUUUUUCGUCGAACUCGCUCAUAAAAUCAUUUUCUUCUCGACCGUGACGAUAUCGUUACCCUUUCUCAGCCCCAGCGUCGCAUUGAAUUGGAUUAUGUUUGCUUUCGUUGUGGUCUCGUGGGUUUAUAGGACCGGGGUGUUCUUGCUGGUCUGCGUUCUGUUCCGGCUGACUUGCGAGCUUCAAAUACUGCGGUUUGAGGGGCUUCAUAAGAUGUUUGAGGGGUGUGAGUCCGACAGCGGUGUGAUAUUUAAGGGGCAUGUGAGGAUUAGGAAACAGUUGUUGGCGACCAGCCACAGGUAUCGGUUGUUUAUAAUAGUGUGUAUGGUAUCCAUCACCGUCUGUCAGUUCGUCGCUUUGUUGCUGGUUUUGUCAUCAAGUUAUGAGAAGACUUUCUUUAAUUCUGGUGACCUUGUGGUAUGCUCAGCUGUUCAGCUUAGUGGAUUCUUGUUGUGCCUACUUGGGGCUGCAAGAAUCACACAUAGAGCUCAAGGGAUCGUAUCUGUUGCAACUCGAUGGCAAAUGGUUGUGACUUGCGCAUCUUCCGGAUCAGGCCAAUUACAAGGCCAUACGCCGGAGGCCGACGAAUGCGGUGACAUUGAUAUUUCUGUGUCACCGUCCGACAACAUUUUCACCUCAAUUUCCCCACAAGACCCUUCCUUAUUCCAAACCAGGCAAGCCUUAGUAACAUACUUGCAACACAACACUGGGGGGAUCACGCUGUUUGGGUUCGCGCUUGAUCGUGGAUUGCUUCACACACUCUUCGCAUUUGAGUUCUCUCUGGUGCUGUGGAUACUAAGCAAAGUGGUUGUUUUGUCUUGAACAAAUUAAAUCCUCUGCAUGGAGUUUCUUCCCCUUCAUUAAAUUUUCAGUCAAAGCUGGGGAGCAAAUCUGAUGUUCAUGGGUAUAUAAAGGAAUAGCUAAAAGAAAUAUAUUCAUUUCAAAGCUA